UUAAAUAAUAAUGAAUUAUUGAAUGCAUUUUGACAAAGAACGCACUUAUUGUCGAUAUUAUUGUGUACAGAAACUAGUGUUGUAUUUUAUUUCAUUAUGAACACUUGUUCAUAUUGUCCUAGUUGGUGUGGUAGUUAUGAAAGUAUUUGUUCUGGUGGUACUCUAUUCAACUUUCGACACCGCUGUAUCCAAAGACACCGUUUUCUUCAUCCCCUAAAACGACCACCAAGACUGCACCUCAUUUCGUCGUCUGAAGAGUUUCAAACAGCCACUUGGAGCCCUGAAAAUGACCCAAAAUAUGUUUUAGCCCGUGUUUGUGCCGUUGGUUCCUAUCUACAAGGACACAUUGUGCUCAUUCACUCAGCCAAGGAUCCCUAUUGGAUGCUUCCCAUUCUGAUAGGAAGUGUUGAAGCACAGAGCAUUGCUUUGGCACUUUCUGGUGUAAAAGCCCCACGUCCUUCUACAUACGAUUUGUUUUAUAGAUUACUUUUGAUACAAGGUGCCAAAAUAGUAAAAGUUGCCAUCACUCAUGUUUCUCAAAAGUCAUUGUAUGCUCGAAUAUGGAUAAAGUGUGGCAACCAAGUGGAAAAGUGGAUGGAAGCGAGACCUUCCGAUGCACUCAAUAUUGGUAUUCGUUUUGGAUGCGAUUUGUAUGUCAACCAGUUGGUGCUUAGACAUUCGGGUGAAAGACUAGAAAAGAUUCAGAAAGAAAUUGCUGGCUCAUUUGUCCGUAUUUUGUUUCCCGAGUCGUUUGUUGAACUUGUUUCUCGAAAGUCGUUGAAUGCUGUGGUAUUUCAUUUGGUUAAUGAGGCAAAAUAUUCUUCACAAAUAUUGAAAUGGAGAGCGAUAUUGGAUGUAUCCAAAAGAAUUCAAGACUCAUUAUUAUUGUCAGAAGCAAAAGAAAAACUCAAUACGAUUUAUCCCAUAGAUGAGUGGAGAGAACGCAUCAAGGAGGCUGUCAACAAAGAAGACUAUGAUAAGGCUGCUUAUUAUCGAGACCAAAUCAUUGAGUGGUUACUUGAAAAGUAUCAACAAGAACUGGAUGAUCGCAAGGAAGAUUCUGAAGGAGCCUUGGAAGAUGAUCAUCAACCUCCCCUUUGAAAGAUUGAGUCUUUUUUGGGUGGU